AUGGUAAGCGUCCAGCAAUACUUGAAUAAAAAUUAUCCAAAAGAAAAUAGAGAAGAAGUAACUAAACUUGAUAUUAGCAAUAAAAACUUAGAAGGAGAACUAGACUUAACAGACUUUGUAAUUUUAGAGGAAUUAGAUUGCUCUAAUAAUCAAUUGACUAGUCUAAAUAUUGACAGCUGUCCUGAUUUGGAAAUGAUUGCUUGUCAUGAUAACUUUUUAUCUGUUCUUAACCUGAGCAAUAACUUGAAAUUGGAGAUGCUAAAUAUUGGCAAUAAUAAUUUUUCGGAACAGGACUUGUCCUUUUUAAGUCAUUUAGUAAAUUUGGAAAUUAUUGUAGUAGGAAAUAAAGAUGAAAAAAAAAUCCAACAAGGUAUUUAUAAUCGAUUUUUAGGUUCUUUUGAACAUUUGAAAAGUCUAACUAAACUAGAGUGCUUAGAUAUUAAAAAUACUGACAUAGAAAGCGGAAUAGAGUACCUGCCAGAAAGUUUGGAAGAAUUUGUUUGUUCGUCUAGGGAAAGACCAAAUUCAAGAGUCAAAAGUAUUCACAAUCUCUUUACUAAUGAUGAAGGAAUUGUGGAAGUUGAUGAUUAUGGAACAAUAAAGGACUUUAAAGAGAAAAUUAGAAAGAUUAAAAAAGAAAGCUCUAAACUAGCAAACAAAAGCAUAGCAAGCUGGCAAGAAUAUGGAGUUCCAUUCCUAGAUUUCACAGAAGAGUUAACUCAGGAGUGGAUAGAUAAAGGCUUUAGCAAGGAAAGUUGUAAAGAAUGGUUAAAUAUUGGUAUACAAUCUGGCGAUAAUCUCAGUAAUAAAAAUUUAGAAGGUGACUUGGAUCUAGUUGACUUCCGUAGUUUGCAGGAAAUAAAUAUUACUGGUAACCCUCAAUUAGGUAAGAUAAUAAACAAGAAAACAUAUACUACCAUCAAAAUAAAAGCCCAGGAAUGGCUAGAAAAAAACUAUCCGACUAAAGAAGAGAAAAAAAUUAACUCAGAACAUAAAAUAACUACCUUUACUCCUCUUAAUGUUGAGGGAGAGUUAAUAAUUAAUAACUUUUCUCAAUUAGAAGAAGUAAUAAUUUUCAAUCAAAAUAAUUUAACCAAAUUCCAAAUAAAUAAUUGUCCUAAUUUAACUAAACUGACUUGUAGAGAUGGAUAUGCUCUGACUUACUUCGAGACAAGAGAUUGUCCGAGUUUAGAGAAUAUUUCUUGUUUUUAUAGCCAGUUGACAAAGUUAAAUUUUGAUCGAUUAGAAAAGCUUACAGAGCUAAAUUUUUAUGCUAACCGACUUACGGAUUUAAAUCUUCAUGGUUUUCCUAAUUUAAAAGUGCUUAGUUGCUCCGGAAACCUUCUAACUAAACUUGAUUUAAGCCAAAAUAGCAAAUUAGAGAAACUAGAUAUUAGAGAUAACAAUUUUUCUGCUCAAGACUUAUCUUUCUUAGUUCACUUAGUUAAUUUAGAGGUUCUCGGAUUAGGUAAUGACGAUGAAGAAAGAAUGCAACAAGGUGUUUAUAACCGUUUUUAUAGUUCCUUAGAACCAUUACGGGAUUUGAAUAAAUUAGAACUUCUACAUAUAAAUAACACUAACAUUGAUAGCGGAUUAGAAUAUUUAUCAGAGAGUGUUAAAAGUAUCUAUUGCGAUGGGGCGGAAGAAAAUAAUCAAUUAAAGCAAGAACACUACGAUGAAGAGGAGUAUAGUUCUACAAUGUCUAUAACAACAGAUCCGACUUCCAUUUUUUCCGAUGAGGAAGAAUUUCAAAAACAAAGGGACGAAUAUAUUAAAGAAUUAGAAAGUGGUUUGCAAGAAAGAGAAAAAGAAAUUAAUCUUCUCAAAAUCGAGAUUCAAGGAUUGAAAGAAAGAUUCCGUAAACGAUAUGAUAAAAUCCAUGAGGAGUUAGAAAGCAAAAUAAGUGAAAAAGACAUGGAAGAAGUAGAAAUUGUUCUAACUGUCUGUGAAGAAUUAAUAGUUUGA